UGGCCACACGAGCGACAAGAUUCACGCUGGUUUUGAAUGCAUCUACUGGUUCUGCGAUACUGUCACCCUUCGUGUACCUUGUAGUCAGCAGCAACUUCGUGGUGUUGUGGAAAUUUGUGUGUGAUAUUCUCCAGGUUUAUAAACUGCAAACAAGAACUGUAGAACUGAAGCGAUGGACCAGGAGCCAACUAAGUGGAUAAAAAAAGAUGAAACUGAUGAAGUAGAGAUUCCAAAAUGAUGAUGCUUACUAUAAACUGAAUACACAUCCAUGAAUGAAUACAGAUGAAGGAAGUUUCAAGACUGUAGUACUAAAGCAAUGGACCAGGAGCCAGCUAUGUGGAUAAAAAAAGAGGGAACGGCCGAAGUGAAAACAGAGUUAUACUUCAUGGCCCAAGUUUACCCACACAACAUGAAUAUAAAAGAAGAGUUGGAGGAGGGUGUGAAUAAAGAGUCCAUUGAAGAUCCAUUGGGAAUAUCGUGGUCCACUGAUUUUAUCAAGGAGGAUCCUGAAUUAAAUUUGGAAAUGAGUGUAACUGAGAAUAUUGUGGAAACCUCAACAGGAUAUGCAUCUGAUAGUACAAGAUUGACUCAGUGUGCUGGUGGGUGCUGUGACAUACCAUGUGAAGAAACUAGUCGCCAUAGAGUGGUCCAGGAUGAGUUGGUGAUAGACAUGAAGUCAACACAUGAGUUUGGUACCAAUACAAAAGAUAUGACUGUUGAUAAGAACUGCUCAGUUGCCACACAAUAUAACUGUAGUACGAGGGAAAAGGAAUUAUAUGUAUAUAGCUGUAAUUUCUGCCAACAGAGCUUUCCUUCAAAAUACAGAUUCAUAAAGCAUGUGUUUAUGCACAUUGAUGGCAUGCAACCACCUUCGUAUGUUUGUAAGUGGUGUGGUGAAGUAUUUCACAGUAAUGUUAGUUUGAAAAAACAUUUGAGAAUGAGUGAGAAUCAUCAUGUCUUAACUGCUGGAAACCAUGAAAAAUAUGGCUAUAGUGAAGAGCAUCAAAGCAGUAUCUUCUCAGAUAGUGAGCCAGAAGUUUCUAUCGCAGAAUACAAUGAGCUGAAUUCAUACAAGGAAAUGUGGAAAGCUGCUAGUGACAUAGGUAACACACACAUGACAAAUGAUACAGAGGAAACAAAUCAUUAUGGAUCUCUAUCUACAACUGUUAAUGUCAGAUCCCAGGGUGAUCUACUUACUGCAAACAGAAUCCACAAACGUGAUAUUUGUGGCAAAUCUUUUGCUGGUGCAGGCAAUCUUAAGAAACAUGGAUUAAUUCACACUAGAAAAAAACCUCACAAAUGUAAGAUUUGUGGGAAAUCUUUUGCUUUCCCAAGCCAUCUCAAGAAACACAUGGUUCUUCACACUGGAAAGAAACCUCAUAAAUGUGAGCUUUGUGGACAAUCUUUUCCCAGGAGAAGCUCUCUCAAUAGACAUAAAUUAGUACACACUGGAAAUAAAUCCCACAAAUGCCAGAUUUGUGGGAAAUAUUUUGCCAGGACAGACGCUCUCAGAAGUCAUUCACUAAUUCACACUGGAAAAAAAUCCAACAAAUGCGAGAUUUGUGGGAAAUCUUUUGCCAGGACAAGCAAUCUCAAGGCACACAAAUUAAUUCACACUGGGAAGAAACCUCAUAAAUGUGAGAUUUGUGGGAAAUCUAUUGCUUACUCAAGCAGUCUCAAGAAACAUUUGUUACUUCACACUGGAAAGAAACCUCAUAAAUGUGAGAUUUGUGGGAAAUCUUUUGCUUUCUCAUGGGAACUCAAGACACAUGUAUUUCCUCACACUGGAAAGAAACCUCAUAAAUGUGAGAUUUGUGGGAAAUCUUUUGCUUUCUCAAACGGUCUCAAGAAACAUGUAUUACUUCACACUGGAAAGAAACCUCAUAAAUGUGAGAUUUGUGACAAAACGUUUGCCCUCACACGUUAUCUCAAGAAACAUGUAUUAAUUCACACUGAAAAGAAACCUCACAAAUGUGAGAUUCGUGGGAGAUCUUUUGCUAGAGCAGGCAAUCUCAAGACACUGAAUCAUACAUGCCAGGAAGAGACCUCACAAAAGUGAUGUUUGUGGCAAAUCAUUCUUAGAUCAGCUUAUCUCAAGAUACAUGCAUUAGGACACAUUGGAAGGGGACCUCACAAAUGUGAUACCAGUGACAAAAGUUUCACUCAGUUGGGCACUCUCAAGAUACAUCAGAAAGAAACUACAAGUAAGUGUUAGUUUUUUGUAAAUAGGUUUUCCUGGUUGAUGCCCUCAAGGUGUGUAAAAUAAUGGAAGAAGCAAGGGGAGAAUAAAUUGUAAUGCCCGUGAAAUAACAUACAAAUAUGGUAUAAUUGUGAAACAAUGUGUACUAUAGAGUGGUAACAGAUAAUGUGACAAUAUAAAAAUCCAUAUCUGCUGCUUGAGAUGUCAAGAAAUUGUAUUACUAAAUACUCGAGAAACAUGA